AUGGGAAUUGAAUUAUCAGUUGCUGAAAAUCCAGCUUCCCAAAUGGAUACACCAUUAUAUAACUAUUUAGUCCCAGUUGAAACAUUUCGCCCAUUAGAAGUGAUUUAUGAAAAUCCAUUAGGAAAUGUAACAAAAAUGCGAGAUGAGAAUGAUAAUAACACGGAAUACCUUGUCAAAACAAUAUACUUAGACAUGGGACAAAUGCUUAAUUCAAUAGCUUUCUUCGAAGAAGUACAAAAUCUUUCUUUAUCUUUUCAUCCAACAAUUCUUCCAUUUGCUGGAUUUUCUGUGUCAAAUCCACAUAGUGGAAGAAGACCUUGUGUUGCUUUCGAUAGCUAUUCUGGAAUGUCUCUCUCAGGAAUUCUAGAAAUGGAAGCAAACAAAGUCGCCCCUGAAAAUUGGAACUUAACAUCGAAAAUUAUUACAGCAUUUGGCAUAGCUCUUGGUUUAAACUACAUGCACUCUUACAAUUUCAUUCACGGAAAUCUUAAUGCAGAUAGUAUCGUUUUCGGAGACGAAUUAUGGCCAUACAUUGCCAAUUUCUCACUUAAUAACUUCUUCGAUGAAGAUUCUCUCGCGCUGAUCGCUCCAAAGAAGCAACUUUUGUGGAGAGCUCCAGAAUUAAAUCUACAAUCAGAUAAAACUCUUAAAGCAGACGUAUACGCAUUUGGAAUGCUUGUCUUCCAUAUUUUCUGUGGUAAAACGUUUUACGAGCAAGUAGAAAAUUCUCCAGGAAUUUACGAAAAGAUUCACUCAGCAACUCGACCAAAGAUCGCUAACGAUGUACCAAAUGAGAUAAAGAAGAUCAUACAGUUCUGCUGGGCCCCAGAUCCCAACGGACGCCCUACAAUGGCAAAUGUUGUCAGAUUAUUUGAAGAAUCAGUUGGAGCAAUACCAAAUAUCAACAUUUCUGAGCUUGAAAAAUUCAGAGAGAAGGUCAAGAACCUCACGAAUGAUAUUGGAAAGGCAAGAAAUGCAAUGAUUGCUGCAGCUGGUGGAGAUUCAGGCGCACAGAACAAUUACGGAGUCAUGCUACUUAAUGGCAAAGGCGUUAGAAAGAAUAUCGCGGCUGCUGCUCGUUACUUCCAACAAUCUGCUGAAAAUGAUUGCAUUGAAGGCAUGAACAACUACGCUUACGCACUUGAAAACGGUGCAGGCAUUACCAAAGAUAUUGAUUUGGCCGCUAAAUACUUCAAGAUGGCCGCAGAUAAAGGAUUUAAGAAUGCACAAAAUUCUUAUGCGCAAAUGUUGUACAAAGGAAACGGAGUAGCUAAGAAUACGACUGAAGCAGCCAAAUACUUCAAAAUGGCCGCUCAACAAAACUCUUCUCCCGCUCAAUACAGAUUAGGAUUGUUACAUGAGACAGGAGAAGGGACAACUCUCAAUUGCAACGAAUCUCUUAAAUGCUAUAAAGCAGCCGCCGUCCAGAAAUACCCUCCCGCCAUGUACAGAUACAGUUAUUUAGUCAUAAACGGAAAAGUUGACGAUAAAAACAUGACAGAAGCAUACAAAAACAUUUUGGCUUCAGCGCAAAUGGGCUAUCCAAGGUCAUUCUGCGUUUUAGGUGCAAUGCAUGUCAUAGGAGAAGGAGCACCUAAGAACAUCGAAGCAGCCAAGAAACAAUUCGAAAAAGCCAUUGAAAAGAAAGAAAAUUCUGGACAUUUCGGAUUGUUUUUAUUGGAUUUGCUUCGUAAGGAUAAAGAAAUGGCUUUGAAGGACCUUAGUGCAGCAAAUGAUGCUGGAUAUUAUGAUGCACAACAAGUAUAUUCUGCAUAUAAUAAUGUUGAAGUUAAACAAGAAACAGAAGAUGAAGCAACAAAAGGAAAUUUGGAGAAAGAAUCUGUUAUUCCUCUCCAUUUAAUUCUUAAGGGUUCUCAGAUUGCACCAACAAUCAAUGGCAUUGUAGCGGCACUUAAAGAAUUGUAA